AUGGUUGAUAAAUGUCAGACAUUCUCGUCAGGGCUGCAAUCCAAAUUACUAGAGCAAGAGCUCCAAGAGCAGCUGGCACGUGCUUAUUAUCUUCUCGUAGCUCAAGAAACUAGCUAUGCAAAUCACACCCUUUCGGUUGAACGGUUGGUUUCUAACCUGCAGAUUAUUGCGGAGCGUGUGAAGGCAUUUCAUGCGGGUAAUGACCCAUCUUCGCCAGCGGCUUUAGUUUCUGAUGCAAAAGGAACUCAUAAGAAUUCGGAAAAUGUCGAGAAGGAUACCCAUAUUGUUGAUGACAAGGAUGUGCCCUUUCGGUGCAUGGAGCAAGAUCCUCACCACUAUUGUGCUGUGGAGCGAGAGAUGAGUGAAUCUUAUGACCUGAAACAAGACACUUACCAAAAUGAAGGCUACAAUUUUGAUGGGCGAGAAACACGGGUUCACAUUACUGGGAAGGUAUCCACACCUACGCUCGACUCUCACGUUGAGUCUCGAUUGCCAAACACUUCCUUCUAUGCUUGCUCGGCGACGAGUUUCUGCGCUGAUGCGCGUAAUCCUUCAUUAGUAAUGGGUGAAAUCCAUGAUAGCUCAAUCAAGGCCAGAAAUGAUAUUACUACAGUUUCUACCACUGAAGUUUCACUCACUGCACCAUAUUUCAACGUGGGCCAUGAAGCCCAAGUGCCUGAAAAGUAUCGACAGGAGAAACAAGGACCUCAUCGGUGUCCUUCCACAACUACUUUCAUUGAGACCAUCCACUCGUUGAUUACAGGGGGGGAUGGGUGCAGUGAGAUAGGUGUUGAUCACGUUGUUAGUGUCGGUGAUUGCAGAAGCCGGGGAUAUUUCCUCAUCAGUGAAACCGAACAUCGACGUCUGGAGACGGCCCCACCUCAGCUGUCACUUUCAUGCCCGGCAAAUCAACUCGAAGAAGCUGAGGGGGGGAUGACGAAUACAACUAAAAUGACAUCUGCUGCAGACCAUAUACAUUACAACCGGCCUCUAGGGUUGUCCUGUAAUGUUACAUCAUCUGGAAACAUAGGGACUUGUUCUACUACAGAAGCUCUCCACUUGCAAUUCACUGAGGAUGCGCGACCGUUUGCCCGAGGUACUGAGUCGGGUGCUGAGGACAAUAAAAAUCCUGCAUCAGUAGACCAGUCAUGCGAGUGUAAACUAGGAAACCCAUCUCAGCACCCACGGCAAUUCUUUUCUAAGAAUAGCAACACGUGCGACUCCACGACGUUGAUGCCGUUCGUUCAACCAGAAGCGUGGGAUCAUACCGAUUUAAGGCAUUUGCCAUCAAAAGGGGCCGUGAUGAAGGAACCGCAAGGGCUCUCUGAUCUCUUUCCGUUUGCGACUGAUACGUGUAUGACCCAGAGUAAAGCAGCGAUACCCAUUCACAGGGAGAGUAGAUGUAGCUUCAGUGCUGCAUCGAAGGCUGUUCCAGGAGCGAGUCAGGGAAAGUUAAGCGUAAGCGAUAUUACCCCACAGUUUGUGUUUUGGCCGGGCCUUCAGGUAUCCAAUCUCUUUCUCCCUAUCGAGAUAGCUACUCGACUGGAUGAUGGUGCACCUGAUGUCUCUUCAACACUUUCACUCGCACUGCCGCUACGGGAAAAGGACUUGAAAGCGAUUAUAGAGGCUCGCUUUCCUCCCUAUCUCACCCAGCUUACACCGGAUCGAGUGCACGCCUUUCACGAUGCACUCCGAGAAAGCCUUUUCGCGGCGCGCACCUCGUCUGGUGGGGGUUCUACAUCGGUCUUAGCACUGCAGGAAGAAGAGGAGGCCUGGGUAGGCUGUGGUCCGGAUCUUUGGCGGCGCGCUGCCGAGGUCGCGGCGGCGCUCCUGACGCUUCUGUCGCCCGUCUUGCAGGGGCUGCAAGGUGCGGCCUCCAUUCCCUUGGACGGGCUUUUGGUGCCUAAUGAGGCCCUUUUGGACAUCAUUGACAUCACAAUCGAGGCUAAGGAGGGUUUACACCGACGAUCUAGUGACCGUGGUGUGCUCGACGUGGGUAGCGUUAAGCGUUGGCGCCGCUACUGGUGUCGACGGCUGUAUGCGCUGCUCCAUGAGGCUCGAUGCGGACUGGAGGUUGUGUGUGAGUUCGACACUCGCUGGCCUAGCACCCUUCAUCGGUUAACGGAGAAGCAGCACCAUAUGGUGGAGCUGACGCGGCCGAGUAGUAGCGACUUCUCUUUUCCCACGCCAACACAUAUCCCAUCCUCUGGUUCGACGGUGCCCGUUGCUUUCAAGCCCGAAUGCUCAUGUAUGGAGGCGGCAGUUCAAAUUUCCGGCUUCGAUUCGGAAUCUUGCCGUGUGUUUCUACACGAUCUGGGCGCCCCAAAUUGCUUCUCAUCGCUUCUAUUAGCUCUGACAGAGGAUGACAACGAUGGUGGGGGAUGGGCCUCGAGAACAGAUGGCAGCAAAUCCGAAUCGCAAAUGAUUUGCAUAGGAACUGGUGUUACUACGCUUGAGGAACUCCCACCAUCAUGCCCUGGUUGGCCUCUGCCUAUUGAGCAUGGUCUGGAUCCAAAUGAGCAUAAUGUUGUAGUAAAGGUGCAAAUGCCGCCGUGUGUUGUCGUGGAGAGUUUGCAGAUUGAUCUGGUGUAUUUGGAUUCGCUUCUAUAA